AUGGGGAGCACUAGGGUUAUUGGUGCUGCGUUUUUGGUUUUGGUUCUAUUGGACUUGGCCUUUGCUGCUAGGUCAUUUAGCGGCGUAGGGAAAGGUGGCGAAGGUGCUAAUGGUUUGGACUCUGGAUAUGGUUCCGGAAGGGGUUCCGGGUAUGGUUCUGGUAGAGGAAGUGGAAGUGGAGGUGGAGGUGGAGGAGGAGGAGGAAGUGGCUCUGGAUCAGGCAGUGGGUAUGGGUCCGGAAGCAGUGGAGGAGGUGGAAGGAAUGGGAGCGGAUAUGGCUCAGGCUAUGGAUCUGGAUCGGGAUACGGAAACGGAGGUGGAAGAGGUGGUGGUGGAGGAGGAGGAGGUGGGGGUGGCGGCGGCAGGAAUGGUUAUGGACAGGGUCUGGCUAUGGUUCAGGGGUACGGCGGCGGAGACGAUGAUUACUCGCCAUAA